CAUGCAGCAACUCGUUUAAUAAAGUAGAAAAUUAAAAAUACAGCUGAGAAAGAUCUAUCAUGGCUGAAAAUGGGAAACUCCAUGGUGAGCUUCUUCAAGCCGAAGCCCAUACAUGGAACCACAGUCUGAGCUACAUAGAUUCUGCAGCACUCAAAUGUGCUGUUCAGUUAGGCAUCCCAGAUACCAUCCAUAACCAUGCUAAACCCAUGCCUCUUUCCAACCUUAUCGCCGCCCUUCCUAUCCACCCUUCCAAGGCUCCCUACAUCCACCGCCUCACCCGCUUUUUGGUCCACUCCAGCGUGCUUUUGGUCACAAAAUCUGGAGGAGAUGAAGAGCAAGAAGAGUGCUACUCACUCACGCCUGUAGGCCGCCUUUUGGUGAAAGAAGAAGCCAUAAAUUUAAGGGCAUUCCUUAACAUUUGUAAUGAAUAUGUUUUCCAGAAGUCAUGUUACGCCUUGGGUGAUUGGUUCCAGAACGACGAUCCUAGCCCGUUUUGCACUGCCCACGGGGAGAAAAUCUGGGACUAUAUCUCCCAUGAGCCAGUGUACAAUGAUGUUUUUAAUGAAGCCACGGCUAAAGAUUCGGAAUUGAUCAUGGAAGUGUUGUUGAAUGGCGAGUCGAAACGUGUGUUUGAUGGGCUUAAAUCGUUGGUGGACGUAGCUGGUGGCAACGGUGCGGUUGCCUCAGCCAUAGCCAAAUGUUUUCCGGCUAUGAAAUGCAUUGUCCUCGAUCUCCCACACGUCAUAGCCAGUGUGCCUGCAGGGAACAUUGAGAACAUGGAGUUUGUAGCUGGAAAUAUGUUUGAAAGUAUCCCUGCUGCUAAUGCAGUAUUACUCAAGUGGAUUAUGCACGACUGGGAAGAUGAAGAGUGUGUGAAGAUAUUGAAGAAGUGCAGGGAGGCAAUUCCAAUUAGGGAAGAAGGAGGGAAAGUGAUCAUCAUAGACAUGGUGAUGGAAGAUCCAAAACGGACUGACGCCUAUUACAACAAAGCGCAGCUCUACAUGGAUUUCUUAGUGAUGGCUCUCUAUGGGAGUAAAGAGAGAAACAAGAAGCAAUGGGAGAAACUCUUUUCUGAAGCGGGUUUUAGUGACUACAAAAUAACACCCACCUUGGGGUUAAGGUCUCUCAUUGAAGUCUUCCCUAAAUAAAAUGUUAUGUUCCUUUGUAUUGUGGUGCAUGUUUGAAUAAAACUUGUAAGCCUCAUACAUCAAGCAUUUCAUCAUUCUGUUUGCUAAAUUAUA